AUGUCCUAUUUGCGAUGGAAUUAUGGAUUACAUGGCUCAUGGUACUGCGAAAAUGGGAAUCAGUUCCCUUAUGAUCUUGAAUUAGCGAAGUUGUAUUCCCAAGAUAAGUUGGAAUAUUGUCUCACCUGCAACACUUCAAGCAAUAAACUCAAAUUCGCAAUUCAAUCGGUGAAACCCUCACUUAAGAAUUUCUUGGAUUUCCGCUUACAAGAAGGCGAUUUGGAACGAGAGGAAACGGAGCACAGUCGACACAAAGGUGAACUAAACACCAUUCUCAAAUAUCAUGCUGAAGCGCCGGAAAUUAGUGAAGAAGUGCAACAGAUGUUAAGGAAUUUCCAGUUGUUCGUGGAACAAGAAGAAUUACAAAAGAAAAUUCGUUCCUUUAUUCCAACUGACAAGUGUUCUGAAAAUUUAAGAGAGUGGUUACAUCUACCGGACGAUGACAUUUCACUUGUAACAGAAGAAGAUAUGGACGAAAUCUUUAUGAUGUGA